AUGUCUGCCUUAAAACUAUUAGUGUUAAUUUCUACGUGGAUCGUCACCGAUGCCUUCAAUAUACUCUGUCUGUUGCCGUACCCUGGUAAAAGUCAUCACAUGGUGUUCGAGCCUCUUUUAGAAGAAUUAGUACAUCGAGGUCACAGUCUAACAGUAGUAUCUUUCUUCCCAACAUCAAAACCUCAUCCGAGACGUCGGGACGUAAAUCUCCAGGGUCUUGCCCCAUUAAACGUUGAAAUGAUCGAUUUAAGAGACGCGGACUUUUCUUUCUAUGGCUUAGAGAGAUACUUCGAGCAUGUACCCAUAGCGACCCGUCUUGCAAAGUCCAAUUUGGAAUUAUGUAAGCGUCUCUUAGACUCUAAUAUAUUAGAAGAAUUUAUUAAAGCAAGAGGGGACUAUCAUUUGAUUCUCGUGGAGCAUUUUACCAGUGACUGCAUGCUAGGUAUAGUCCACAAUUAUGGACUGCCUUCUGUAGGUUUGAUGUCUUGCGCAUUACUACCUUGGUCGUUUUCAAGAGUUGGAGCUCCUGAUAAUCCGUCUUUUGUUCCUGGAAUGACACUGCCAUUGUCAGACCAAAUGACUUUCGCACAGCGCAUUGAAAAUACGUUCUUCCUUUAUUUUUAUUUAAUAUGGUACGAAGUGAUGAUACGGUGGGAAGAGCAGAAGAUAUUAGAAGCGAAGUUAGGGAGGAAACUGCCUCCGCUAGAGGAAAUAGGGAAAAACACUAGUGUUAUACUUGUAAACACUCAUCAUUCUUGGAACGGUAUAAGAGUUUUCCCACCUUCGGUCGUCGAGAUCGGUGGUAUUCACUUGCAUAAGAAGAGUGUCCAAGAGUUACCACCGGAAUUAGAAAAUUGGGUAACAAACGCCAGGAGUGGUUUCAUACUUUUUAGCUUGGGAUCAUUAAUACGCGCUUCUUCUAUGACAAAAAAACAUUUUGACGUCAUAUUAAGCGUUUUUGCCAAGUUACCGCAGCGUGUCAUUUGGAAGUGGGAAACUGAAAUAAGUAAUCUGCCGGAUAACGUGCGAGUUCUGAAAUGGCUUCCUCAGCAUGAUCUAUUAUACCAUAACAACUGCAUGGCGUUUAUAACGCACGGUGGCAUGCUGAGUCUGACGGAAGCAGUCUCCGCUGGAGUUCCAGUUUUGGUGGUACCGAUCCUUGGAGACCAGUUCGGCAACGCGGAACACGCCCAUCACGCGGGUUUCGCGCAUGUCCUGCGUCUGAGAGACCUUAACGAGAAGAGUUUCCACCACGCCCUGAAAGUUAUUUUAUCGCCUGGGUAA